CCGAGCUCUCGCUCCCGCCGACGCUGUGGCCCUAGCCGAGGAGAGCGCAACAUACUUCACACUUUGAUUUCUGAUUUUCGCGUGGUGCGAUUCCACCCCGUAUCAGCCCCAAGAGCAUGGUGUCCAAGUUGGCCUUUGGUUUGGCCUGCGUUUCAUUCGCAUCGGCCCUCAGUGGCCAGCAGGUCCAAGAAGCGGAGCGGUCCGUGGCAGGCGCCAGGAGUACCGCUUGCGAUUGCCUAGAAUUUGCGGGGGUCUACUACGACAACCUGGCCGCCUGCGGCCGCGCCCACGAGCUGUACUUUGCCACGAAGUACGGUGCCUCCGCUGCCUAUGCUCCCACCGAGCCCAUUGCAGGCUUGCCGCACCAGGUCUGCAACAACUUCUUCAAGAACUUCAAGAACAACUCCUGCGUCAACGUUGACCUGUACGCCUACCCUUCUGGCAACAACGAUGCCAACAGCGGCAAGCAGUGGUGCUACGUGUCCAACGAGUGCCUCAGCUUGAACGGUGGCACCUUUGCAACCAACACGCUCGGCUUCGCGAUUGGAGGGUGGCACAACCUCCAGAGCACGGGCAACCUGUCCGUGAAGUUCUGCGAUAGCAGCACGGACAGCAUUUUGAAGGACAAGACGAUGGAUGAGUUGAUGGCGAUCGGCAGCGAGAGCGACGUCAGCAUGGCUAUGCUCCUGCGGCUUGCAUACCCGGCCGUGCAAGUCACUUGGGGCGAGGCCAAGCUCUUGAUGGAGGCUAUCAACGAGAACUACGACACUGCGCUCACCCUCACCGACAACGUCAAUGCGGUUGCGGUUCCGCCCAACACUUGGGGCACCAGGCUCACGGAGGUGGACACGACCAUCAGGGGCAUAGUCACGUCCGAGCAGGGCACGAUCCUCGAGGGGCCCGGGCAGCGAGACGAGUUUCACGUGAUCUUGGGCCGCGAGGUGUGGGAGGUGUCCAGGCUCGCCGACCCCUACGGCAACAUGGCCUACCUUGCCGGCAAGUUCUACAUGGAGUUCGAGGUGACCUGUGUCCUGGGCUGCUCCCCGUCCACACGGGAGGCCCCCCUCGACCUGCUGACGCAGUGAGCGCGCGCGCGCGCCGCACAGAGUUCACAUAGAGAGGCGUCCGGCUCGCCGCAGGUCGAAGACUGGGUAGUCGAAGGCCAGACUGUCAGAUUGGAUUGGGCCCCACGGGCCAAUCUGGCCUGGCCAAACUGGAUGAUUUGGGUUAUUCGCCAGAAAUCUGCGCAGAGCGCCAAAAGUUUCUUUGUAUGCCGUGCUAUCCUCUUCUGCCAGAGGCGCCCGGCUCGCCGCAGGGCCGCGCAGGCAAUGCCCGGGUGCAGCUUGACGCCGCCCUCUGGCACGCUCCCUCGCCGGGGGCCUUCUGACGUGGCCCUGUGGGCCGCCAGCACUCCCGAAGGAAAAGCUGCUGCACAGGCGCACAC